GUGGGGGGUUCCGGAAAUGUGACUGAGAAAUGAGAUGGAGAAGUACGAGCGGAUCCGAGUGGUGGGGAGAGGUGCCUUCGGGAUUGUGCACCUGUGUCUGCGCAAGGCUGACCAGAAGCUGGUGAUCAUCAAGCAGAUCCCAGUGGAGCAGAUGACCAAGGAAGAGCGGCAGGCAGCCCAAAACGAGUGCCAGGUCCUCAAGCUCCUCAAUCACCCCAAUGUCAUUGAGUACUAUGAGAACUUCCUGGAGGACAAGGCCCUCAUGAUUGCCAUGGAAUACGCUCCAGGUGGCACCCUAGCUGAGUUCAUCCAGAAGCGCUGUAAUUCCCUGCUGGAGGAGGAGACCAUCCUGCACUUCUUUGUGCAGAUCUUGCUCGCGCUGCAUCACGUGCACACGCAUCUCAUCCUGCACCGGGACCUUAAGACUCAAAACAUCCUUCUCGACAAACACCGCCUGGUUGUCAAGAUCGGUGACUUCGGCAUCUCCAAGAUCCUUAGCAGCAAGAGCAAGGCCUACACGGUGGUGGGGACCCCGUGCUACAUCUCCCCGGAACUGUGUGAGGGCAAGCCUUACAACCAGAAGAGUGACAUCUGGGCCCUGGGCUGUGUCCUCUAUGAACUGGCCAGCCUCAAGCGGGCUUUCGAGGCUGCGAACCUGCCAGCGCUGGUGCUGAAGAUCAUGAGUGGCACCUUCACACCCAUCUCUGACCGGUACAGCCCCGAGCUGCGCCAGCUCGUCCUCAGUCUGCUCAGCCUGGAGCCCUCACAGCGGCCACCGCUCAGCCACAUCAUGGCACAGCCCCUCUGCAUCCGGGCCCUUCUCAACCUCCACACCGACCUGGGGAGCGUCCGCAUGAGGAGGGCAGAGAAGUCCCUGAUCCCUGGGCCACCCAUGGCCCCCGGCAGCACAGGGAGCAGGACCACAGGCGCCCGCUGCAGGGGUAUACCCCGGGGACCCCCGCGACCGGCCAUUCCACCACCGCUGUCGUCGGUGUACGCGUGGGGCGGUGGGCUCAGCGCCCCGCUGCGGCUGCCGAUGCUCAACACAGAGGUGGUCCAGGUGGCAGCCGGGCGCACGCAGAAGGCGGGCGUCACACGCUCGGGGCGCCUCAUCCUGUGGGAGGCCCCGCCCCUAGGCGCCGGAGGUGGGGCGCUCCUGCCCGGGGCGCUGGAGCAGCAGCAGCCCCAGUUCGUCUCCCGUUUCCUGGAGGGCCAGUCAGGCGUGACUAUCAAACAUGUGGCCUGCGGGGACCUCUUCACAGCCUGCCUGACCGACCGAGGUAUCAUCAUGACCUUUGGUAGUGGCAGUAACGGGUGCCUAGGCCAUGGCAGCCUCAAUGACAUCAGCCAGCCCACCAUUGUGGAGGCCCUGCUGGGCUAUGAGAUGGUGCAGGUGGCCUGCGGGGCCUCUCACGUGCUGGCCCUGUCCACAGAGCGAGAACUAUUUGCGUGGGGCCGCGGAGACGGCGGUCGGCUGGGACUGGGCACCAGGGAGUCCCACAGCUGUCCCCAGCAGGUGUCCAUACCCCUAGGACAGGAAGCCCAGCGGGUUGUAUGUGGCAUUGACUCCUCCAUGAUCCUCACUGUGGCUGGCCGAGCCCUGGCCUGUGGGAGUAACAGGUUCAACAAGCUGGGCUUGGACCACUGCUCCCUGGGGGAGGAGCCUGCCCCCCACCAGCAGGUAGAGGAGGCCCUGAGCUUCACACCACUAGGUUCAGCACCCCUCGACCAGGAGCCCCUGCUGAGUGUGGACCUGGGCACUGCUCAUUCAGCUGCUGUAACUGCCUCUGGCGACUGUUACACUUUCGGCAGCAAUCAGCAUGGGCAGUUGGGCACCAGUGCCCGCCGGGUCAGCCGAGCACCUUGUCAAGUCCAAGGCCUACAGAACAUCAAGACAGUGAUGGUGGCCUGUGGGGAUGCCUUCACUGUAGCCAUUGGGACAGACGGUGAAGUGUACUCUUGGGGCAAAGGGGCCCGAGGUCGGCUGGGAAGAAGGGAUGAGGAUGCUGGACUCCCUCGGCCAGUGCAGCUGGAUGAGACGCACCCCUACACGGUGACGUCUGUGUCCUGUUGCCAUGGCAACACUCUACUGGCUGUUCGCCCGGUUACGGAUGAGCCAAUCCCCCCCUGAGGAACCCAGAUACGCCUCUGGACCUGGACCACCCUGAUGCUGCUUCUCCUCUGAGCAUUCUUGAAAUGUGCACAUGCCUGCAGCCAGACUGUCCCCACCAGCCCCCUGGAUGGCCAUUAACGAACGGGGUAUAAGAACUAGCGAAGCACCCACCCUCCUUCGGCCCUGGAUUUGAAAACCUCAACCCACCCUGUUCCCCCAACAGCUCUCUUUUCUCUCCCCACCCCUCUUAAGCUGGUGUCCCCAGGGGACCAGUCCUGCUAGAGCUGGAAACCAGAUCUAACUUGGGGAAGCAGGGUGGUCUCCAGACUCUCGGCCGAAAAAAAGCUGGAGGCGGCUGUGGCUCCACCCAGUUCCUGCCCUUUCCUCCAGCCCAGCUAGAAAAUAAGUCGCUGGUGCCCCCUGGGAGAGCAGCUCUGCGCUGGAGCAGGGCAAGCCCAGUCCUGCCUGGACUGGCCAUUCUGGCCCCCUAGCUUCUGCGUUGCCUGGGGGCAGGGAGACCUGGCACCUACCCCCACUCUCGAUAUCCUGAGGCACGGAUUUGCACAACUUCUGAGCUCUUCCUACCCCUGUGGACUGGAAACGCAUCUGCCCAGGGCACCGAAGUGUCCACUGCGGAGGGGAUCCCUGCUGAAGGUGGCCUCUCACCCUAGCCAUUCGCCCCCCAGAGCAGGUUGGGAGAAAGGGCUGCUGGCUGGGCCAGACCAGUUUUCCAGAUGACUGGGAAAUAGCGCCAAUAAAAACAUCAGCUGCCUGC